AUGGAAACCGUGCAGGCUGUGCCUAAGCGGAACCAGUACGGCCAGUCGUCGUCUUCUCUACCUGGCGCUCUCCCAGAUCAGAUCACCACCACCGUCCACCACCGCCACCGAGCUCUCCGGUCGCCGGAGAUCACCCCCUUCUCCGGCGACCCCGCGUACGCCGAUCUCAGUAAAGUGCCCGUGCGGACGGCGAGCGAGGUGCCGUACAGGCUGCAAAUGUUUAAGAUUCGGAUGGUUUACGCGUCCGACGUCCGGAAGGAGGACUGCGAGGUGGCAGACGAGAGGAUUAAGCCGGUAGUUUCUGAGGCCAAUGAGAAGGCUCUUCCUGAUUUGCUUUCAGACCCGCCUCAGGUUGAAGAUGUACUUCAAAAGCCUGAGGCCGAGCUGUGCCCAUUGUGGAUUAAGAAGUUCGAUAGAGAGCUAAUGCGGACACUCUCAUUUUCGGAGCAUGAAACAUUUGACCAUCCCGUGGCAUGUCUUCUAGUUGUGUCAUCAAUGGACAAAGAACCAGUCAAUAAAUUUGUUGAUCUCUUCAACACAAAUCAGUUGCCAUCUCUUUUGAAUGAAGGCAUAAUGGAUCCACAGAUUUUGAAGCAUUACCUUGUACUUCAUGACCAGCAAGAGGGGCCACAAGACAUAGCUGUGAAUAUCUUAGCUGAAAUGAGGAGUACCCUUGGUCUGAACGACUGUAAAUUAUUAUGCAUAAAUUCGUCUACAGAAGCAGGUGGUAGUAAUGCUGACAAUUCAUGGCUACCUUAUAAAGCUCUUGGUUUGAACAAUCAUGAUGGAUCCUGUUUCAUUAGUGUGGAUGAUCUGAAUGAGAUAAAGGACUUCAUGCAAGAUUUUGUUUCUAACCAUAUCAUCCCCUACAUGGAGCAAAAGAUACGUGUCCUCAAUCAGCAGGUAGCCACAACAAGAAAGGGUUUUAGAAAUCAGAUCAAGAACUUGUGGUGGAGAAAGAGAGAUGAUGUCCCAGAAGCUCCAAAUGGGCCAAUGUAUACAUUCACCUCCAUAGAAUCACAGAUCAGAGUACUAGGUGAUUUCGCCUUCAUGUUACGAGACUACGAGCUUGCCUUGUCAAACUACAGAUUACUCGCCACUGAUUAUAAGCUUGAUAAGGCUUGGAAGCGAUUUGCUGGUGUACAGGAGAUGAGUGGACUUUGCUAUUUCAUUUUGGAUCAGUCUAGGAAGGACGCGGAGUAUUGCAUGGAAAAUGCCUUCAGUACAUAUUUGAGAAUUGGAUCUUCUGGCCAGAGAAAUGCUACUAGAUGUGGCCUUUGGUGGGCCGAAAUGCUUAAAACAAGAGGACAGUAUAGGGAAGCAUCAAACGUGUAUUUCCGUGUUUCUAAUGAGGAACCUUCGUUGCAUUCAGCUGUACUGCUUGAGCAAGCCGCCUGUUGCUAUCUAUUAGCCAAUCCACCCAUGCUUCGGAAAUACGGAUUUCACCUAAUCUUAGCUGGGAAUAGCUACUACGUUUCUGAUCAGAAACAACAUGCUGUUCGGGUGUACAGAAAUGCUUUGUUUGUCUACAAACAAAACCCUUGGAGUUACAUCAACAAUCAUGUACAUUUUAAUGUUGGAAGGUGGUAUGGAGUUCUCGGGAUACUUGAUGUAGCCAUCAAGCACUUGCUGGAGGUCAUUGCUUGUAGCCAUCAGUCGCUGACUACACAAAACAUGUUCCUCAAUGAUUUUUUCCAUUAUGUUCAGAGCAUGGGGAAGAAAUUUGAUGUGUACAAGCUUCAACUUCCUGUUUUUAACAUGUCAUCUCUCAAAGUUAUAUAUGAAGAUCAUCGCACUUAUGCAUCAGAUGCAGAUGUUGGCGUUAGUGAAAGCACCUGGCAGGAGCUGGAGGAAGAAUUGAUCCCAUCAUCAUCAAUUGUCAGAACUAAUUGGCUGGAUACUCAGCCAAUGAGAAAAUACAAGGAUUCCUGUAUUUGUGUGGCUGGAGAAGCAGUAAAAUUGAAUGUUGAACUUAAAAAUCCCCUCCAAAUUCCUGUUGCUGUUUCUGGCAUCUCUCUUAUAUGCCAGCUUUCCACCACUUUGGAUGCAUUAAGUUCUGAUGUAAGUGGGCUGGAUUUGGAUGGUGGGGAAGAUAAGGUUAACACAAAGCCAUCUAUUUCAAUGUUUGAGACUGAUGGAGAUAAGUUUACACUGUCAAAGCUUGACAUUGUAUUAGGAGGAGGUGAAAGUAAAAGAGUGCAACUUGAUGUUACUCCAAAAGUUGAAGGUAUUCUGAAGUUGGUUGGAAUAAGGUGGACACUUUCAGAGUCAGUAGUAGGCUAUCAAUACUUUGAAUUUGAUGCACAGAAAAAAAUCAAGAAAGGCAAAAGAGGCCCACGUCGUUCUUUGAAUAACAGCCUGGUUGUAAUCAAGGGUUUACCAAAACUUACAGGAUCUAUUGAUCGCAUGCCAACAAAAGCGGUUGCUGGUGAUUUAAAGCUGCUUACACUAAAUCUGAGAAACCAUUCAGAAUAUGCUGUGAAGGGCAUAAAAAUGAAACUUAGCAGCCCAAGAUUUUUAAUUCCUGGUGAUUCAUCGGACAUUGGCCUUGAGUUCCCAGACUGCUUAAAAAGUCAUAUGCAAUCAGAAAGCAGUGUCAUAUCAUCCAAAACUUUGAAGGACAAUUUCAAGAGUUUGCUCUUUGCAUUUCCUCAGGAUAUUGAAAUUCAAACAGGGGCAGCACUCUCUUGGCCUAUUUGGUUUCAUGCUGCAACUCCUGGAAAUGUUUCUCUUUAUAUAUCUCUGUAUUACGAAAUGGGGAGUUCCAGUGAUAUUAAAUACCGUACACUACGCAUGCAUUUCAAUCUCGAGGUUUUGCCAUCACUUGAUGUAUCCUUUUCUAUAAGCACGUCCUCAUCAAGAUUGCAAGAGUAUAUCGUUCGCAUGGAUGUCAUGAACAAGACUCCAUCAGAGUCAUUUGUGCUUCAUCAGUUAUCAUGUGUCGGUGGUAAAUGGGCAGUUUCAGCGUUGCCGUUAUGCAGUUCAAUCAACUCUGUUGAAACAGUAUCAGAAAAUCAGGCUGUGUCGUACUUCUUCAAAAUUAAGGAUUGCGAGGCGGAUUCUUGUAAAGAGGCAGAAAGUGGUUCCUGCACAAGCGAUAUGGCUUUGUGUCCAGGGAGCAGCACUGAUCUGUUUGACAUUGCUCGAUCUCCUUUAGCUGAUUUUCACUAUCAAGAAAGAUACAGGCAAGGGAAGGUAGCAAAGGGGCCAUGCAGCCUUCUUGAUUUUGUUCUAAUCUCAAAGGCAGUUGGUAACUCUUCCAAGCCUACUCCAGACUUUGAACUACUUUCUCAUCACACGUGUCAUUGCAGUUCUCUAAGCCAGAACCCUAUAUGGUGGCUUAUGGAAGGACCUCGGACAAUUAAUCAUGAUUUCUCAAAGUCUUACUGUGAGGUUAACCUCCAGUUGGUCAUUCACAAUUCAGAAGCUCAUAAGAUUUUGGUGAGAGUGGUCACUUUUGAUGUAAUGCCAGAGAAAAGCCAAACUGUUCAUCCUCAUGACUCAACCAGUGCUCAGGGUGGAUGGUAUGAUGUAUCACUGGAAAAUGAUGUAAAGACCAUCUCUAGUUCCAAGAGUACACAUCAAGAGAAGCAAUCUUCGAAGAGCAUUUCACCAUAUGUUUGGUGUUCAUUGAGUUGUGCUCAAAUUGAGCUCCAACCUGACAGUUGUGCUAGAGUUCCUCUAAAAGUGUGCAUAUUUGCACCAGGUACAUACAAUUUUUCCAAUUAUGAGCUGCAAUGGAAAGUGCAUCCAUCUGAGGGACGACAUGUGGAUGAAAAUGAGAAAUUGUUAUCUGGUGGUGGUCUAGGGCAUCCUUUCUAUGUUACUGUCCUUCAAAGUGUCUAA